AAUUUCUGCUCAAAAAUGGGAUAAACAGUGUUUUUCAGCAGAUCAUGGUUGUGUCUUAGUUUGAGGGCUCAAAAUUAAAGGUACUGCGAAGGCUUCCUGUGAUGUCUAGGCUACAAGAGGAAUCAUCCGUUCUUGGUGUAGCCUCUACAUCACAGGAAAGCCCAAGUUUAAUGGAAAGUGAAAAGCUAAGAGUUACUCUGUUAGGUAGUGAAUGGAGCUCAUCUAAAGGAGGCUUGUCAACUAUUAACAGGGAGCUGGCAAUUCAGUUAGCAAAACAUCCCAAUGUUGAUGUCAGUGUGUAUCUUCCAAGUUGUAGUGAUGAGGACAGGAGAGCUGCCAGUAGCCAUAAUGUUCAGCUGAUUGAAGCCCAAGAAUCGCCUGGUUUUGAUCAGCCAAUUGAUUGGUUGGUUUCUUUACCUAAUGGCCAUUAUCCACACUGUGUCAUAGGGCAUGGAGUACAUCUGGGUCGACAGAUACCACACAUUCAAAAGCAGCAACCUUGCAAGUGGAUCCAGGUUGUUCACACAGCUCCAGAAGAACUUGGAAUGUUCAAAAGUUAUAAAGAAGCCAUUUCCAGAGGUGAGAAGAAACAUUGUGCAGAAGUACGACUUUGUGAGUUAGCUGAUGAAGUGGUUGCAAUUGGACCAAAGCUGGCAAAUGCCUACUCUCGCUACCUUCGCUUCUGCAAAAAAGAUCAGCAUGUAUUCAACCUCACCCCAAGUAUUUUUACUGAGUUCAGUAACAUUGAACAGGCCUCAGAAGAAAGGAAGAACUUUUGUGUUCUAGUUUUUGGGCGUGGUGACCAUGAAGAUUUUGAGCUGAAAGGAUAUGAUAUCGCAAUGGAAGCAAUUGCCCAAUUGAAAGAUGAGUCAUACCAGCUAAAGUUUGUUGGCGCACCUGAAGGAAAAGAGAAAAAAGUGGCACGUAAGUUGCGUAAGUAUGGCAUUCCUCGUAGUCAACUAACUGUUUGCUGUUUCAAAGAAGAUCGAGAACAGCUAGGCAAUUUAUUCUGCGAGGCUGAUCUGGCAAUCAUGCCUUCAAGAACUGAAGGAUUUGGUUUGACAGGGCUGGAAGCCCUAUCUGCUGGUCUGCCUGUCCUUGUAAGUGGUAACUCUGGACUUGGACAAGCAUUGGAGGAAGUUCCUUUUGGUUCCCCAUGUGUAAUUGAUUCAGAGGAUCCUAAAGAAUGGGCUGAUGCCAUCAGAGUCAUCCGUCAAAAAAAAAGGACUGUGCGACUUAAAGAAGCCACUCUGCUUCGAGAAGCAUAUGCAGCAAACUACAGCUGGCAGAGACAGUGUGAAAGUCUUGUUGAGAAAAUGGUGAAUCUUUUAUCUGUUGAUCCUGUUACUCAGCAACCAUUGGCAGCGUCUGAAGAAAAUGAAUCCUCAACCACUUUAGCUGUUCAACAGGAAGGUUGGAGUGAACAAGUCAUCCAUAAUCUUCAACAGUGGCAACAGAAUGCCAGUAGAUGUAAGAUCAGCAGCAACACAGACCGACUCUCAGACUUAAAGAAGAUUGCUUCAGAAAAGGGCUAUAGAAUUUCUGACAAUCCAGGGUCAGGAAAUUGUAUGUUCUAUGCCUUGUCAGAGCAACUGAAAACUGUUAAAAGAGUAAAGAUCCAUCACUUUGAAUUGAGGCAGUCCUUAGUUCAGUAUCUAAGAGAGCACCCAAAACAGGUGGAUGGAACAGAUCUGUUUCACUUUGUUGAUAGACACACAACAUGGGAUGGUUACUUAACAGACAUGGAACAAGAUGGCACUUGGGGUGAUCAUGUGAUUCUCUGGGCUGCAGCAAACUGUUAUCAAAUAGCCAUUCAUGUGAUUAGUAGUCUUCCAGGCCAUAGUGAGGUAAUUAUCAACCCAGAUUGUCCAUUUGACCAAAGCAAGCAUCUUGUACUGGGACAUGUCCAUGAAGUACACUAUGUCAGCCUUCAGCCCUUGCAAGAGUUUUAA